GGUCUCUGAUCUAAAACGCGGCCGCAGAAAACCCGAAGCAACAAAUAGCAGUAGCACCUUGAAAUUGGUAACUGCGAGUUUAUCGCAACGCCGCCUCUUCUGACGACACUCAGCUCUCCUCUCCUGUCCCCGCCCGCCCCGCUUUCCCUGUUGCUGUUAUAUUAAAUGUUCAAAAAAUAAUUACUGACUUAAUACUCUCAUUUAAUUAUCAUUUAUAUGAAUCCGAUUCUUCGUAUUCAUCUUUUCCCCAGCAUCGAGAAAGUAAAUCGCCCAUCUCAUUUUCUGUAAAUUGUCUAUUCAAAUUAUUGCAUUUUAUUUAUAGAUAUAUGUUUUUGGGAGACAGCUGCAGUUGCAUAGAGAGAGAGAGAGAGGUAGGGGUAGGGGAAAAGAUGGUGAAAUUAGCGGCAGCUGUAAUAGUGCCGUUGGGCGUUCUCUUCUUCCUCUCUGGCCUCGUCAUCAAUCUCUUUCAGGCGAUAUUUUUUGUCCUGAUAAGGCCACUAUCCAAGAGUACGUACAGGAGGAUAAACAGAGUGUUGGCAGAACUACUGUGGUUGGAGCUCGUUUGGAUAGUUGAUUGGUGGGCUGGAGUUAAGAUUCAACUCUAUACAGAUUCUGAAACCUUUAAGUUGAUGGGUAAAGAACAUGCACUUGUUAUAUCUAAUCACAAGAGUGAUAUUGAUUGGCUUGUUGGAUGGGUUCUGGCUCAGCGAUCAGGUUGCUUGGGUAGCACUCUGGCAGUCAUGAAGAAAUCAUCAAAGCUUCUUCCGGUCAUUGGCUGGUCCAUGUGGUUUUCUGAGUAUCUUUUUCUUGAAAGAACCUGGGCCAAAGAUGAGAGCACUUUGAAGUCAGGGCUUGAACGGCUAAGGGAUUAUCCUCUGCCCUUUUGGCUAGCGCUUUUUGUUGAAGGGACUCGUUUUACACAAGCAAAGCUCUUAGCUGCUCAAGAAUAUGCAGCAUCAUCUGGGUUGCCUGUUCCUAGGAAUGUUUUGAUUCCCCGUACUAAGGGUUUUGUUACAGCUGUCAGUCACAUGCGGUCAUUUGUCCCAGCCAUAUAUGAUGUCACAGUUGCUAUUCCCAAAAGUUCACAAGCACCAACAAUGACACGACUCUUCAAGGGGCAAUCUUCGGUGGUUCAUGUGCAUCUCAAACGGCACUUGAUGAAGGAUUUGCCAGAAACAGAUGAUGAUGUUGGUCAAUGGUGUAAAGAUAUUUUUGUGGCCAAGGAUGAGUUAUUGGACAAACACAAAGAACAGGACACUUUUGGUGAGCAACUGUUGAGAGACAUUGGUCGCCCCAAGAAAUCACUUCUGGUGGUGGUCUCAUGGUCUUGUCUGCUGGCUUUUGGGGUCUUGAAGUUUCUCCAGUGGUCAUCACUUCUUUCCUCGUGGAAAGGUCUCACACUUUCAGCAGUUGCCUUAUUGGUGGUUACACUUAUGAUGCAAAUUUUGAUCCGGUUUUCUCAGUCUGAGCGCUCAACCCCUGGUAAGGUUGCCCCAGGAAAGCCCAAGAAUGGGGGAGAUUCUUCAGUAAGUGUACAAAAGCAGCAAUGAAACUCAGCAUCUUAUCAGGCCUUAGAUAAAACUUGUGACUUCAGCCUUCAUUUGAUAGAAACAUGUGGCAUUUGUAUCAUGUAGUUUAUCAUUCCAUUUUAAAUUUGUAUUUUUUGACGGUGAACUUGGCUGGGACCGAUUUUUGUAUGAAAGAUAGACAUCGUCUGCAUAUCAAUUGGUGAAUUGCUUUCCAACUGGGCUGAUCUUAUGCAGUGUGCAAAAUGAAAGAGACGCGCAUUUCAAAUA